UAAUGCACGAAGAAGCUGGAUUCCAACCGCCGUAAAACAAGAAGAAGAAGAACAAGGAGGAGGAGGAGGAGGCUGCUCGCUGGAAGGUAACCACAGUUGGAUUUCGUCAGAGAUUCAUCAAACCCUUUUCAGCCUUUGCACAGCCUCUGGAUCACCUUUGGUUUUUUUGGACAUCUUUCAAAGCCUUGCAUACUUCCAAUAUGCCACGCAGAGGAAAACGCUCCCAGGCCCAGAUCGACCGUAGGAGGAAGCCUAACGCGUCCGAGCUGCCCGACAAGCCCGUGGACGUGCCUCCCUGCUCCCACUCUGUCCUGAACAAGGUUCUGGUAUCAACGACCACAACACUCUGUGCUGAUGGUGCUCCAGUUCCAAAGAUCGGAAAAGCUACUGAAACUUUGCCCUCCACUGAUCAGCAUGCUGCUCCAUCUGAGGUUCUGGUAUCAACGACCACAACACUCUGUGCUGAUGGUGCUCCAGUUCCAAAGAUCGGAAAAGCUACUGAAACUUUGCCCUCCACUGAUCAGCAUGCUGCUCCAUCUGAGGAUACAACCAGGAGCCACGGUCAACGUGUCGAGUCGCUCCAGGCCAGUCAUUCUCAAAAUGACACAAGGUAUCGGGUAUUUUCGCGCAAUCGUCAGUGUACCUGUAAUGCACUGAUGUUUCUCGCGUACCAGUCAGAGGGCUGUCACUUCACCAGGACUACACUCAAUAGAGUCCUGGCAAAGGGAAAUACUUUAUACGUCAAAAACAAACGGCAAUUGAUUGACAACAACAAAUUUCGGAACCAUCAUCUGACUGUCGAGGAGAUGCCAAAACGAGUCAAGACAGACGAACAUUUCUACAAUGUCAGCAGAGAUGAUAUCCGUUGUGGCCCUAUCAAAAUCGUCCCAUCUAGCCCUGAAAGACAACAGGGGUUGGUUCCACUUGCUACCCAGCUGGAGUCUCUUACAGCAGAGGUAAGCCUGGCGUUAAUUGUCAUAGCGCCAGAUUGUAUCGCGGUUUUCCGUGACCAGUACGGUCGGUAUGGACUUUUUGAUUCCCACUCCCGAGACUCAACAGGCUUACCCUCUUCCAACGGCAAGGCCAUUAUGAUGACUUUUGCAGCACUCAGUGACCUGGCUGACCACCUCAACGCAUUGUAUGGAGAACGUCAUAACUCUGCCAGCUAUGAGUUUGUUCCUGUUUACUUCCACCGUGACACUGACAGUGAACUUUCUCAAGAGUCUACUGUGAACCAAGGCCGUAAUGAUGUGUCUGAAAAUAAUAUCCGUGUAUUUCAGUCAGACAGUCGGACCGCUGUCUCAGACAAAUCUGAAGAGUAUCUGCAAAGUUCCUUAGCUGUGCCACCAACGUCCAAAAAGGUCUCUAAACUGAGCAAAGCCAUGAGGCGAAAAGUCAUGAGGAGAGCCCGUCAGCAGCAGCAACAGACAUCGGCUAAGGACAAAGCAAGGUCUCAAGGGAACAGACAAAAAAAAGAAGUCACGAAAGGGAGAGAUAUGCCAGCUGUGCCACGUUUCAGCAGAAAAAAGUUGCCACACAGAAGGCUCGAUAUGCAAACGACAGCCAUCGUGUGCAUAAGCUGUCAUCAGUUGGACGCUACUAUGCAAAAUGUAACGUGCAAAUCAGGAAACAAUUUGUCGACAGAUACAGGACAGAUCCUGCUUUUCAGAGCAGACGAAAAAACUACGUAGUGCAGAGAUACAGGACGGAUCCUGCUUUUCAGAGCAGACAGAAAAACUACGUAGUGCAGAGAUACAGGACAGAUCCUGCUUUUCAGAGCAGACAGAAAAACUACCUAGCGCAGAGAUACAGGACAGAUCCUGCUUUUCAGAGCAGGCAGAAAAAUUACGUAGUGC